AGUUGAUUUGUUUAAUUUAUCUAGACAGAUAAAUAGCUUGAACUCCAAGUGACUACAAUGGGAAAAGCCUGUAGCAAAAUUUGGAAUUGCUGUAAGAAAGAAGUUUCCAGUGCUGCCAUACAAACAAGUGAGCAUGUGAGCAGCAUUGAGCAUAGCAGCUCAUCCGUUGCUCCUUUACUAAAUACUCAAGAGGUUUCUGAUAGUCUUAGCAUUGCACGAACAGUGACUCCAUGCAAGGCUACACCAGCAAGCACACGAGAACAUCACUACCAUGAAGACUACCUCAAUUACCCCAUUUUGUUAGACGAGAAGACUAUUGAAUAUUGUCAGAUGAGUAAGGUGAUGGUUAUCCUGAAAGGGUUACCAGGAUCAGGCAAGUCAUUUAUUGCCAGAAGAAUUCAGCAGCUUUAUCCAGCCGCUGUGAUGUGCUCUGCAGAUUCUUUCUUCAUGCAUGAUGGCGUGUACAAGUUUGACCGAGACAAGCUUAAGGAGGCGCACAAGUCAUGCCAACAGAAAGCUUUGGAUGCUGCACAGAGCAGUUGUAAUGUUAUUGUCAUUGACAACACAAAUGUUCAAAAUUGGGAAGCAAAAUACUACUUGAAUUUGACCAAGAAAUACCAUUACACACCGCUUAUCUUGGAGCCUCAAACACCAUGGGCCAUGGAUCCCAAAGAACUUGCUGAGAGAAAUAGUCAUGGAGUUCCCGAAGCAGUGAUAGAACAGAAGGUUAGAAGCUAUGAGCCAGUAUUACCCUUAUACUACUGGUGGUUCUUGAAUGAAGUGGACUCAAAGAAGAUAUCCAUGAUUGCAAGACAAUGGCUGGAAAGAGCCCUGCAGGUACAAAACUUUUUUCAGGACUUUGCAGAAACCACUAAGCUCUCAACACUGGAAGAGAUGCUGAAUUACCAUUCUAGAAAUGCACAGCAAGGUGGAUAUAAUGUUCUUCAUGCUACUGCUAGUGUUACAAGGAGAGGUAAAGUACAACAUGACUUGGAAUACAUCCAAAAUCCAGCAGUUAGAAAAUCCCUUGGAAAAUGCUUCGAUCUCCUUAUAGUUGGUUAUGUGGUAACACCAAGGACAUUUGGAGCCAGAUUAAAGUUGGGAACGAGUGAACUAGAACUAUGGGGUAUGGAUGAUAAUGAAAUUGAACUCGAAAAUACUUCACUUCCUUCAGAAAACCAUACUGCUGAUAAAUGUCCUGCAGAGUGCUUGGAUAAUUCACGUGAUAACUUAGAAAUAGAUUCUGAUAGAAAAUACAAUUGUGCACAAGAAAUGAACAUAGGAACUUCAUCCCAUUGUGACACAGUGAACAUCCUCUCAUCAAAAUUAACCAGUGACAGAUUUUACCCAACUAGUGGCAAGGGAAGUCGUGCACAUAUCACUCUUGGUUGUGCUCCAAACAUACAUGCAAAGGCCACAGGAUUUGAUCUGAUAAAAGUUGUAUCUCUUGAGCAACGCAUAAAGGAAAGUGAAAAAUCUGAGGAUUCUGAAGUAUCUAAUCUAAAGGUACAAGCGUAUUCGAUUUCUGAAGGAACAUUAAAAACCUAUGGAGAUGGCAUAUGGGUUAUAUACCCAGAGAAAGAAAUGACUGUUAGUUCCAUGUUUUCUGCAUUUUACUGAAUAUAGGAAUGAUAUAUUCAUUUAGUUCAUAAAAUAAUCAGAAAGCCAUAACUUGUCUGCAUAAAGUAUUGCAGUUUAUAUCAAAUGGGGUGACAUUUGCACAUUUGGUUUGUUGAUAAAGGGAAUAAGAGGAAUUGGGAUAGUAAUAUGAAGAUGUAAAUGAAGAAGUACAUACUAAAACAUGUGUCUUUCUUUAAACUGUUCAAGUGCAGGUAACUCAUGAUUGCUAACUUGUAAACUGUACACAGAGGCAAUUUAAGUAAAUCUUUUUUUCUCCUUUCAACACAAUGGCCAUAUCCCACUGAGGCGGGGUGGCCUAAAAGGAAAAAUGAAAGUGUCUCCUUUUACAUUUAAUAACAUAUACAGGAGGAGGAGUUACUAGCCCCUUGCUCUUGGCAUUUUAGUCACCUCUUACGACAUGUAUGGCUUACGGAGGAAGAAUUCUGUUCCACUUCCCCAAGGAGACAUGCAAGUACUACUGUAAGUAAAUAUAUUUACUUACAAGUACUACUGUAUAGUAGGUGCUUCAUUAUUUGUUUAUUGAUUAUCCAGAUGUCAUGGUUGAAUUACUGGAUAACAGAACAGGCAACUCUGAUAUCUGGCCUGUUAGAAUUAAAGGUGCCAAAAAAUGCAUAAAAAUAUUGCUUGGUAAUGUUAUUACUAAUGCCUCAGUUUAUUAUGGCCAUGUGUUUAAUGUAGUGCCUGUGAUAUAUAUUAAUCUAAAGUUUUCAAGUGAAUAUUUAAUUGCUUUCACAUGAGUUUCGUGCAUUUAUAUGCAUAUUAUAUAUAUGGAAAAGGAAGAUCACAAGUUUCAAAGUUAAGCUGAUGCCAGGAUCAUCACUGCUCAUUGCUAAGAUCAGCAAAAUGAUUUUCUAAUUAAGUAUUUGUUUACAAAUAUACUUAACCAAAUUCACUGAAAUUUAGUGUUACAAUUGCCUGGGAAAGAUGUUCAUAUUUGGUUUUGAUUUUGGAUCAUAUGUAAUAUAUAUUGCUGUAUAUGAUAGUGGUUUGAAUCAGAUGACUGCAUCCAUCUGAGGUUCUGCCUCGUACUAUGUAGUUCAGAUAAUUUAGCACCCACAGUAUUUAUUAUUCUCUGUGAAAACUAAUUGAUAACAUAGAACUACCUUUAAAGAACUUCCUACUAUUAUAUUCCCAAGCUCCAUUAUUUGAUCAUCACUUUAUUUGUUCACCACAAAUUAUUUUAGUCCCUUUUAUAUUGUCUCCUUUAUUUUAGCUUUAAAGAACUACCUUAGUUCAUAUUUUUUACAUUUGUUAAAAUAAUUCAGGUGCUAUUUUUUAGCUUUAGAAUAUUUACUUUGUCUUAUACUUAAUUCUUACUAUAGAUUCACUCUAAAUCUUAUGAUUACAAGCAUUGAUCCUGAUACCAACCUCUUAUUGAAUGACUUAAAUGACUCAAACAGUAACUGUAAUUACUACACAGCAGAACAAUAAAGGCACUCCUCAGAGCCAACAACAACAUAACUGUCUUUAACUACAAUAUCAGAUCUUUAAGCAAGCAUUACGAUGACCUCAUAGCAUUACUAAAUUCCCUACAUGCCAGUAUGUCCAUCAUUACUCUCAUCGAAACCUGGCUAAAGCCUGAUACUACAGAUGUCUAUGCCAUUCCUGGUUACACAGCCAUACACAACUGUAGGCCAGAUCAACAAGGGGGUGGCACAGCUAUAUACUACUCAGACCAACUAGAAUGUAUCACUAAUACUUGCACAAGGGAUGAACAUGGGGAAUAUAUAAUAGCUAAAUUCAAAUCAAAAUACCUACAAAAACCUCUCACAGUGAUAAACAUCUACAGAGUACCACAGUCAAACAUUAGCCGUUUUAGUGAAAACCUAGGAUGUAUGAUAACUGAUGCACGCAUGAAUAAAGAUCACUUACUACUCUCAGGUGACUUCAGUAUAAAUCUCCUGCAAGACCAGGACCCACAUGUUACUGAAUUUGCAAACACUAUGAGUAACUGCAUGUUGCUACCAACAGUAACAAAACCUACAAGAGUUACACAGACUAGUGUUUCCCUACUAGACCACAUCUGGACCAACACCAUAUCCCCUUUAAAAUCAGGCAUAAUCAUAGACAAUACCACAGACCACUACCCUACCUUCCUCAUAACAAAUCUUGGCAAAUUACUCCAUGACACUACUAAAGUCACUUUCAGACUUCACAAUGAGGCAGCCAUUAAUAACUUCACAGCAGCAGUGACAAACAUUGACUGGCACACCGAGCUAGAAAUCUAUACAGAUAUUAAUGAAUGUAUUAAUAAUUUUCUAAAAAAGACCCAAUACCUCUAGCUCAUAAAUUGUAUCUCACAAACAUUUCUCAUAAUUGUAUCUCAUAAAUGUUUAACCUAUGACCCAAUCAAACUU